AUGAAAGCCGGAGAAAAAUUCCAUCUAAUUGGUAAUAGCAAGACAACCCAGAAAAAUGUUGUUAUGCAGUUGUUGAACAAUGUUGAGGUAGGUGUUUUUUUAUACCAUAAAGUUUUGUUAGUAUGAUCUUGGGUACUAUAACACACUUUAAAGCUAGGCGUUGGGGAUUUGGGCUAAGGCUCUAGGCUAGGGCUCUGGUCUAGGGCUCUGGGUUAUGACUCUGGGCUAGGGCUUCGGCUAGGACUCUGGGCUAGGGCUUUGGGCGAGGGCUCUGGGCUAGGGUUCUGGGCUAGGGCUUAUUUUUUUCCAAGAGAUACCCCCGUCUACCCUUUCUCUAGGCUCUCAACCUCCCUUAUAUCAAUAUCUUUAGGGCGACGUAGAGACAGGAGACCCAAGUGCUGUAAUGGAAACACCUUUUCAUGUUAAUGUAUGCUUUCAAACUCAGGACGGAAGACCUGAGUUUCAAUAUUUGUUUGCGUGGAAACGAAAAGGUGGCAGUUGGGACAAAGUCAUACCUGUACCAUCAGCUUUGAGAGCCCAUCAACCUUAUCAUUUUACAAUUGGCAAAACUAGCGACGGAUUUGAGUUUCAUGUGAAUGGAACAUUUAUACAGAAAAUUAGGUGAGUGUUACCUAUUAGAUGGUCCAAGUAUUAUUGAUCACUUUUAAUAGACUAACUUCUUAAAUCCUUUUUUACAGUAAUCCUUACACUUCACAUUGCACUGGAGGGAUUGAUAUAUCUUCUUCUUACGUUGAAAGAGCAUGGAAGGAUAAUGAUAAAGGCUGCACAGUGCCAGAGGCUGGCUUUGACUCCGAAUCGGACGAUGAUUCAGAUGAAGAGUUUGACUGGAACAAGUACGGUGAUGAAGUUUUUUAA